GAACAGCGCGAGCCUCCAGAAAGGCAGAGAGAGAGAGAGCAGAGGCAUCGGCCCUCUACCGGAGGGGGGGCUUAUUAUAACAAAUAUACACAUGUGUGAACGCUUUGGCCGCACGAUAGGUCAUAUGUGGAUAACAGUUAUUUUUAGAAAAGCAUACAACUGCGGCGUUACAUUUAAAAUGCCUAUUUUACUUUUCCUGUUAGACACGUCCGCCUCUAUGAAUCAGCGCACUUAUUUGGGUACGACGUAUCUGGACGUUGCUAAAGGCGCGGUUGAGGUCUUUAUGAAGCUGCGUGCCCGAGACCCGGCUAGUAGAGGCGACAGGUACAUGCUAGUUACAUACGAUGAUCCACCGUACGGAGUGAAGGCAGGCUGGAAGGAGAACCAUGCCACCUUCAUGUGUGAGCUGAAGAACCUGCAGGCAUCUGGGCUGACUACGUUAGGUCACGCCCUCCGCACAGCCUUUGACCUGCUGAACCUCAACCGCCUCGUCUCAGGCAUCGACAACUACGGACAGGGCCGUAACCCCUUCUUCCUCGAGCCAUCUGUGAUCAUCACUAUCACUGAUGGGAACAAGCUUACACACAGCUCUGGGGUGCCAGAUGAGCUGCACCUGCCUCUGAACUCUCCGUUGGCAGGCAGUGAACUGACCAAAGAGCCUUUUCGCUGGGACCAGCGUCUCUUUGCAUUGGUGUUGCGGCUGCCAGGAGCAGCCACACCAGACAACGAGCAGCUUGGCAGUGUUCCCACAGAUGAGUCUGCCAUCACCCAGAUGUGUGAAGUCACUGGAGGGCGAUCGUACUGUGUGCGGACACAGAGGAUGCUGAACCAGUGUCUGGAGUCUCUGGUCCAGAAGGUGCAAAGUGGUGUUGUCAUUAAUUUUGAGAAGACAGGACCAGAUCCGCCUCUCGUUGGGGAAGACAACGCAGUGGAGUCCAGUCGUCCUGUGUCAUCCUUCAGCCAACAGCCGUGGCACAGUUGUCACAAACUCAUCUAUGUGCGACCGAACCCGAAGACAGGGGUUCCGGUCGGGCAUUGGCCCAUACCAGAGUCCUUCUGGCCGGACCAGAAUUCUCCCACCCUGCCCCCUCGCUCUGCACAUCCCAUGGUGCGUUUCUCGUGUGUGGACUGUGAGCCCAUGGUGAUAGACAAGCUUCCCUUUGACAAGUAUGAACUGGAGCCAUCUCCGCUCACCCAGUACAUUUUGGAAAGGAAGUCUCCACACAUGUGCUGGCAGGUGUUUGUUAGCAGCAGUGCAAAGCAAAAUGACCUGGGACAGCCAUUUGGUUACCUUAAAGCCAGCACCACUCUCACCUGUGUUAACCUGUUUGUCAUGCCUUACAACUACCCAGUCCUUCUCCCACUCCUCGACUAUCUGCACAGCAUUCCAGUAGCUCAGAUGGGAAACUAUCAGGAGUACCUAAAAAUGAUGCCGUCUCCUCUGAGAGAGAUUGACCCUGACCAACCGAAACGCCUGCACACUUUUGGGAAUCCUUUCAAGCAGGAUAAGAAGGGGAUGAUGAUUGAUGAGGCAGAUGAGUUUGUAGCGGGCCCUCAAAAUAAGAAAAGAGGAAAUUCUAGCGAUCCCAACUCAGGUGCUACUAUGAAGAGACGGCGGAGUAUGUCCCCGUUACUGCGGCGGCCACAGACUCCACCAAGCAACAACAACCAUGUGGCGGCGGGGAAGAGUCCGGUAGGGGUUCAAGGGCAGCAGAACCUGCUCAAACCCAUCCCACAGCACAAAGAAGUGGAUGGCAACAACAUGGUGGUCGCUGAGAGUAACGGGGACGGGGUCCUUGGGCCUGAGUCGGGGGACAUCUGGCCUUCUGAGCUGGACACUGUAGCAGAAAGCCCAUCUUCCCUGAGCCUAGAGGAGAAGGCCGGGAUGGGGGUAGCAGAUCAGGGCGAGGACAUCAACAUGAUGGAGGAGAGACUAGCAGAAGAUCAUCUAGAUGAGCAGCCGCUGGAGGAGAAACACAACUGUGAGCGACUGAGUCCACAGAGCCAGCUCGAGAUGAGUGAAGCUGACCCCGCAGUGCUCGAGACCAUAUUCAUAGCCCCACUAGAUGGCAGCCAAGCAGAGCUGAGGAGUCGGGUCAUCAAGGAGGUCCGCAAACCGGGGCGAAACUAUGAGGCAAUACUCAGACUACUGCAGCAAGUGAAAGGACCAGUUAAUGUUCAGAAGUACUUCAUCCAAUAUGCUAUCAAAGAGGCUGUCAGGUUCAAGAAGCGGGUACUGAUCCAGCAGCUGGAGACGGCCCUCGCUGAGGUGGAGGAGAAGCACGUGAAGUCCUCAGAGCUUCCCAAUGAUCACGGCAGUUAGUGAUGAAGCAAUCUUUGCGCUGUUACAAGGAAAAGGAAUAAAGCUCCUCUUCUCGGGGAAUGUGUUUACCAUUGGAUUUGCCACCGUAAAAAAAGAUGAGCUUGUUGAGUAGCCUCAAAAAGACAAACUGGGGGACUGGAGGGAGGGAAAAAAACAAAUGCACUUACCGCAGACGCUCCCACUGUCCCUGUUCUGUUACAUCACAUCCUGUUGGAGGGGCCUUCAGGACAGAUCCACUCCAGAUUAGUCAAGAGACUUUAAAGAUAAUCCUCUUUAUAUUGACAGAUGCCUUAAACAUCCACAUGGCUUUUGUCUGUAUCGGCACAUUGUUCAGUGGACACACACACACACACACACUCCGUUAGACAGAUUCACAAUAAGCUGUCGGAUGCUCAAAUGGCAGAGGGAGGGAGGGACAGGGUCAUUCCUGUUGUUGUGUUUUAGAUUGAGAACUUUCUUCAGCUGGUCUGAAAAGUGUUUGUAACACUGCAACCGUUUUUUUCUGUGAGUAUUAAAAUGUUGUGCUUUUAUGUAGAUUUGUGGCUAGCAGGAGAAAUUUGGUCCACCCAGGUACAUUUCAUAUUCUGAGUGUUAUAUCUGCAUAAAGAAUGCACUGAUUUUUAUUUUAUUUUAUUUUUUUACCAAACUGAUACUGUUAUCUAAUAUUUUCCUAUCCAUAUCACGUAAUACUGAUAAACAGCAUCCGGGUUGGGCAAUAUGGAUAAAAUCUAUGAGCGUAUAUGUGAUUAGUAGUAGCAGCAGUGUAUAUUGUGAUCAGUUUUCUGGACGUUCAAUUGAGAAACUAUUGCAAGAUACUGUUUUUGGCUAAUCCAGUCAAUAAAAUAUCUGACAGAUCAAGGUACUACAUCACAUUGAUGCAAACAUCCUGUAUAUCCAGUGUAGCCAUAUGAAGUAGAUAGGUACCUCAGUAUGAGUGGUAUGGCAGAAUCUCAGGCUAUAUAUCGUCAUAUCGCCCAACCCUGAUCAGCUUGUUAAGUCCCAAAAAAAGGUUAGCCUUCACACGUGUUUGUCAUAACCUAAUAAAUUGGCUUUUGAAUAUCCAAAUUGGGUCCCUUUUGUUACAGAUUCGACAGUUGUGUUGGCAUGAUCCUGGAGAAAAACAUCACACAGUAGUGCUUUAAAGCUGAAAUAGACGGACACCAGUAGUCUAUAGACGUAUCAGUGUUUUUGGACUUGUGCCCUAGAAAAACCUUCUACAAGACAGUUGUGUUUAAUGGUUUAUUGAUGAAGCACCGUUAUCCUCUUUUCUGCCAUUACAGCAAUAGGACGUGAUUUCAGUGAACGCAGCUGUCGGUUUACUCCUCCGACACACACAAACACACAGAGAGUCCUCUAAAUUCCUCCACAGCACCACAAACACUCCAUUGAUUCCCAGAGUUUUAACUUCAUUGGGAGGAAUUUCUGCAUCUGUCCGGGCUCAGUCGACAGUCACCUGUUGUUGAACAUUAACAGCUGGUAAUCUGCCCUCUGCUGCUUUUUUACAUGAACCCACGCUCCUCCUUUUGUUUUCCUUGUUUUUAUGACAGAUGUACACUACUUUUUAAUGUUCAUAAGGAAUAUAGAUUAUUUUUGUGAAUUUGUUUAUUUCAGAGUAUAAGAAAUAUUUUGAAUGAAAUGUUUAAAGCCAAUUUUGUAAACUGUUAAAUACGUAUAUAAAAUGGAAAGUUUUAUGAGCCUACUCUUUUUUAACAAAACAAAAAAAUA